ACGCUUGCAAAUCGGUGGAAGAGAUUAAAGAUUAUAUCCCAAAACUUUUGUCAGAGGUGGAAGUCAGAGUACUUAAAUGAGCUUCACCGUAGAUACAAAUGGAAGUAUCAGCAAGAUAACAUACAGGUCAAUGAUUUAGUUGUCAUCAGGGAUGAGAGAUAUCCCACCGAGUGGAAGUUAGGACGAGUUUUUAAAACAUACCCCGGUGUUGAUCAGAACACUCGAGUUGUAGACAUUCGAACUUCCAAUGGCAUAGUCAGUCGACCCAUAACUAAGAUUGUCAAAUUAUUCUCAGACACCCCUAGCAAUUCAUAAUCACAUCAAAACACGGUACUCACGAGAUUUUGGUUACAGAUAAUGGCCGGAUAUUUACCUCGCCCAGAGUCCCCACGACCCGCCAGACCCACACGCCCUCGCUUCGACCCACGGGAACCCAGGUAUCGCCCCGCAUCUUGGCAGUAUGCCUGUGGCCUCUGCCAGGAGGACCACGCCAUACGGUCAUGCCCGCGGUUCCGGCAAAUGACACCGUAUCAGAGAUACGAGACAGUUGAGAGACGGAGUUACUGUCGGAACUGUCUGGCGCGCAGCCAUCUGGCCCCAGACUGCCCCGUGGUCACUGCCUGCCGGACAUGCGACUACCGCCAUCACACAAUGCUGCAUGGAGCCCCACAGCUUAGGGAGACAUACGGCAGCUACAGCCCGCCCCCAAUGGAGAUUGCCAACCCACGGCAACUUGCAAUCGAACCAGCCAACCAGAUGCCCAUCGUCCAAGGCCCUCCCCCGGUCGAGAUACCUUACAGCCGGGCCACUGUUUUUGUACCCACGGCGAUGGUGGAAUUGGCACCCGAGGAGCAGGACGAGUGGGCUGGGGUACGGGUACUUUUGUGCCAGGCAUCGACCAUCACCCGAAUCGCGGCAGCCACAGUAACUCGCCUGGGGAUACCAACGAGAGAGCGCAGAGGGCACCGUCUGGCAACAAUAAGACUUCGGUCAAGGCAUGCGUCGAGGAGGACCAUGUAUACCAUCCAGGCAGUGGUGACCCGGGAUUUGCCGCGACGACCCUAUUCAGAUCCCAUCAUUCCCGACCCCACAAGCAGCCUAAGAUCCCUUCCUUUGGCAGAUGCUGACCCUAGGGGCAACGAACCAAUCGAUGUAGAGGUAGGGGCCGAUGCCUACGCCCACCUCCGGAGGAGUGGUGUUGUGCAACCCGGAUUGGGAGCCGUCUUCGCCCAGGAGACAGAUUGGGGAUACGUGUUCGUCGGCCCAGUCACCUCACAGGCAAGAAACCAAAAUUAAAAAGACACAAGUGACACAACAACAACAGACUCAAGCACCAAAUUCUAAAAGCGACCCACAAUCUCAGUACAGAAAUAAACAACAAUCAAAAGUGCGGGACACUAACAACACCAACCACAACCAAAAGUUCGGGCCACAAUUAAAACUAUAACUUUAUAUUGCACAAUUCCCUAACAUUAAAAUAAAGCUGCAUUUUUUCCUAUUAAGAUUUAAAUUUGUCUACUUAAAUCUACAUAUGAAAUUUAUUAAUCAAACCCUAAGUGAAACCUAAACUAAUUCAAUCGUUUGUUCCCAAUACAAAUUUUGCUAUCUAAAACUAAGUGUAAUAUUUGCUACUUAAACUAAAAAUGAAUUGCUCUACUUACCCUAAUUAAAAGCAAAUAAUUAAUUCUAAAAUUCUCUAACUAAUGCUAACUAUAAUCAAUUAUUCAACUCAAUUGGCUACUUAUAUCUAAUGAAAUCUAAAAGCACUGAAAAAUAACAAUUACAAUA